GCGCACCGUGCACUCGACGCCGCUGACCACAGCCGCGCGCGACGGGCUCCAACCUACCAGCACAGCGGAGACCUGCAGGUUUCGGAGCCAGUUGGUCCACUGCGCGGCUACGAGAGGCAGCUAAGAGUGGCGAGACGGCCGUGGCGAGGAUGACACGGAGCGACUACCAGCCGGUGGUGUCGGAGGGCGUGGAGGCGGCGGCCGGCGGCGGCCCCCGCUGCGACAAGGGCGGCGCCACGUCGGACCCGGCGGGCGCGACCGCGCUCGACCACGUGGGCGGCGCCAGCGCCGUGCAGCAGUUCUUCCGCGGCCGCUGCGUGCUGGUGACGGGCGCCACCGGCUUCAUGGGCAAGGUGCUGGUCGAGAAGCUGCUGCGCUGCUGCCCGGCCGUCCACACCGUCUACGCCGUCAUCCGCUCCAAGAAGGGCCGCACCGUCGAGCAGCGCAUAGACGACAUGUUCAAAGACUCGGUGUUCAUGCACCUGCGCGAGGAACAGCGGCGCCGGCUGGUGGCGGUGGCUGGAGACGUCUCGCAGCCCGGGCUGGGCCUCUCCGCCGAGGACCGCGCGCGGCUCUGCCAGGACGUGUCGGUGGUCUUCCACCUGGCCGCCACCGUCAGGUUCGACGAGGCCAUGAGGGUCGCCACCUCCAUCAACGUCCGCGGCACCAUGGAGGUGCUGCGCCUCUGCCGGGACAUGCCCAAGCUCAAGGUGGUGGUGCACACGUCGACGGCGUACUCGCAGUACGUGCGGCCGCGCGUGCUGGAGCGCUUCUACGAGGCGCCCAUCAGCGCCGACAAGCUGCUGGCGCUGUGCGAGGCGCUGCCGGAGGGUCAGCAGCACGACCUCCAGCUCGCCAGCAAGUUACUCGGUGGCUACCCGAACACAUACGUGUUCACUAAAGCAGUGGCGGAAGAAAUGGUGUCCCAGGAAUUUUCAGAUCUUCCGAUAGCAGUUAUACGACCUGCUAUGGUGUCCUCGACGCACACGGAGCCGUACCCGGGCUGGAUCGACAACCUGUACGGCCCCACCGGGGUGUCGGUGGGCGCUGCGACGGGCCUGCUGCGGGUGAUGCAGUGCGACUCGCGCGCCAUGGCCAACAUCGUGCCCUGCGACAUGAGCGUCAACCUGGCCAUCGCCGCCGCCUGGGACCUCGCAGCCAACCGUAGGAACAAGCAUGAGGGUGAGCAACCGGUGUACCACCACGUGUCGUCGGCCGACUGCCCGCUCACGUGGUACGAGUACCGCGCCAGCUUCAUGCGGCACGGCAUGAAGAUCCCCACGGUGCACGCCGUGUGGUACGUCUCGCUGAUGCUGGUCGCCAACCGGUUCCUGUUCCUCUUCUGGAAGACCAUGCUGCACCUGGUGCCCGCCAUGCUCGUCGACACUGCCCUCCUGCUCGUCGGUAAGAAGCCCAUGCUGACGCGAGGCUACCGCAAGAUCCACCGCUUCAUCGACGUGUGCGCGCCGUUCGCGACACACCACUGGGACUUCGACAACUCGCAGACGAAGGCGCUGUGGGCGCGGCUGUCGAGCGAGGACCGCAAGCUGCUGCCGUUCGACAUGCGCGGCUUCGACUGGGACGGCUACUUCUACCACUACGUGCGCGGCGCGCGCCGCCUGCUGCUCAAGGACGAGAUGGACACGGUGCCCGCCGCCAGGCGGCGCUGGAGGAGGUUGCUGUGGUUACACAGAGCAGUAAACACACUGAUAUUUCUGUUACUGGCUAGCAUCGUGUGGAGAGCCGGUAACAGCAUCAUUUCCGUGAUCCGCUGACAAAGGGCAGCUGGAGCUACAUAGACUUCUGUUCUAAAAGUUUUCGGGAACAUUACAUGGAAUGAAGCACUGAAGACUCAAUUUUUCUAUGGACUGAAAGUGUGAUAAUAUUCUGUGACAAACACGAAGAAACAGUAGCCGAAAAUAAUGUUGAUGAUGGUGGAGGAAGAGAGGAAAACGCGACCCUACUGCUGAAGAAAUUUGUGCUAUUGUUUCUGUGCCACGAAGUCAACCUGCAGGAAAAACUUUACUCAGCUGAGAGGACUUCAGUCACAGUAUGUCGCCAAGUAACACGCACGGGCAAGAUUCACACAUUACCACAUUGAAACACACUAGUGCUGAAUGAUUACUCAUUCGGAGCUGACAAAACUCAAUAGAUAAUGCAUGUAAGCCUAGAUAAACGACAUAGUAAAUACGUUUACUUCAUUCAUUAAUUUGGUGCAUAUUCACUUCUGGCAAUAUCAGUCAUGAUUCUUGUCAUGACUUUGUCAAUUUAUUCUCAAGCAUUUACCGCUGAAUGGCAGCUAUACAUUUUGUAUCGUGUUUCACUUAAUUCUUCAAAACUUACUUCUACUGUGACGAGAAAAAAAUAGUCACAUGGCUGUAUUAACUUUUCCUAGUUGAUAGUAAAUAUCAAUAUCACCCAAAAUGAAAAGUCAAUUUCAAUACAGAAAAAUAACUUACACCCUACAUACACAGACACUGGAUUCUAUUGAUUAAAACAACUACAAGAGUGCAUUAUUAAGAACAUAGCUCACAACAAGUUACGGAAACUCUAAUUAAUCAACUUACUGCCUGAAAUUUUUUCUUGGUAGUCACUAAAGCCCUGGAGAAAAUUGGACUUCAAAGGAAACAAAUUACUAUCGACAGUUAAAUUAAAAACAGCUGUACCAUAUAACCAAUAUAUCAUUACAUUAAAACUAUGAGUUAAAAGUAAGAUUUGUGCAACGUGAGACUGUCAGUUGGUAUAAUAAGCCAAGGUUGUCUAUAGAAUGUACAAGACAUUUUUACAAAAUGCCAUUUUCUAAAGAAAUGCUUUUUUGUGUAAAGUUUUGUCUAUUGAUGGUAUAUGGGAAAAUAUACGAUCAUUAAACUCCUCUUGGGUUGCCAAUUGGUUCAAUCCACUGAGUAUGUGCAACAUUUCAGAAAGCACGUUUUUUCUAGCCAGUGGUUGGCAGCAUCCUGUGCAUUUACACAGUACCUGGAGAAGAUUUUUUUUUCUAUUGACUAUCUCUGAAGUACUGUGUUAUAUCGCUAUAAUUAACACAAAUAUCUUGUAUUGAUGACCACUCUCUUCAGUCCUCCAUGUUUCAUUAUAUCUUUAAAAAUAACUUGUAUUCUAUUUUGUGUAAUUUAAAUAGAUGUAAAUAUCUUGAAACCCAAAAAUUGUAAUACAUUGCCCAAAAUUAGUGACAUAAAUCAAUGUAAGGUUUAUAUACAACCUAUGCUGUAAAUUAAAUUGUACAGUUAAAUACACAAUUCUUAUUUUAA